CUAGUAUUGAUGUCGAAUGCAAGAUUUGAUGAGCCCUAUGAAUAAGCCUAUCCAUGUAUCGAACUGCUUCAUCUUCUGAUAUUCAAUGUCGACCCCUCAAAACCCUGGAAAUUUCAGUUCCAAUUCCGAAAUGGAGAACAAUCCAAACUCUGAAACCGACUCUACUUCCGGUUCAGGCACGGCCAAGCCACCGAGCCCAUCUGCUAUUUGCCUCAUCAGUUUCGCCGGCGACUCAGCCGGCGGUGCUGUCAUGGGUUCCAUCUUUGGCUUCGGUGCUGGAUUGAUUAGCAGGAAGGGUUUCAAAGGUUCGCUUAGGGAGGCUGGGUCUUCUGCCAAGGCAUGGGAUAUUCACAAUUACACAUACACACACAUACUUAUCUAUCUCUCUUCUCUAGCCAUAAAUGCAGGAGUGGCUGGAUGUUGCACUGGUCUUGCUCUAAGCUUUCCUGGUGCUCCACAAAAUCUGCUCCAAAGCUGUCUGAUGUAUGGGGCUUUCUCGUUUAUAGUCGAAGGUCUUAACAAUCAACAAGCAGCACUUGCUUCACCAUUUGCAAUGAGUGUCAACAAGCAACACUAUGAUGUGCUUCCCCCUUUGUCACUCCCCCUCCCGAAUGAGCUCAAGGAGUCGUUUUCAUCAUUUUGUCGUUCCAUUAGAAAAUGACACACCUUGAUGAUAUAGGGUCUUGUAGUUG